AUGGGCAGGUGCAAUUACCUAGUCUCAGCAGGCAGUGGCAGAGGAUUUUUGGGAGCAAUUCAAUGGAAGCAUCCCAGGUUCUCGUACAAGGUCCAUUGGGCCCUGAUAGAUCGGCCCGUAAAAGAGAUCCAGUAUGCUAAAAGCUCAAAUACGUAUUCUCAGGAUUGGAGCGAAACAAGGAGUAUGAAAGGGCCAGAGGCUAAUCUAUUGCCAAUACAAAGUAUGAGGGGGCAGAAUCGGCAAGAAAAAACUGGGUUUAUGCAUUCUUCAGAGAAAAGAAGAGCUGGGAUCCGGUAG